GCCGGAUUGGUUUCGUGCUUGUCGUGACGCAAAAGACAACUGCAAAACCCCGGCGUGUCGAGCGCUUUCGUCCGGCAAGUCGGUCGCUGACGUUUCCCCGUGACUCUUCGUAUGCUCUUCAUUUUGUGUUUUCUGCUUUUCUAAUCUUUUCGCCCUCAGUCUGUCUCAAUUUCUCCGUCUUGCGAGGUCGGCACAGAUCCCCCCUCUUCUUCGUUGAAGCGCUUGCACGAGCGCUGCGCAAAAGACCCGCCGAGAUUCCUGUGUCGCUCACAGGCUCUUCUGCUUCUACUUCUCCCUUUUUUGCUGGACCCUUUCUUCCUUGCCUUUUUCUUCUUUAAUCCCCUGUUUUCUCUUGCCCACUUUCCUUCUCGUCUCCCUGUAUCCCCUGCUCUCCGCUGCAAGCAGCUAGGUUCGCUGUGUCUCUGUUUGGCCGUCUCUCGCUUUCCUCUCGCUCCCUUCCUUCUCUUUUGUCUCUCUUCAUUCGUGGCUCCUUCCCUUCUUAACCCUUUUCGAUUUUCCACGUUUUCUUUUUCCACCCUGUCUGCGAUCCUCUAUUCUUGUGGCUGUCCUCUUUCGCUGGAUUAGCGCCUCUUUGCGACUCCAGCCCGGCCGUCUCCCACUGCGUCUUCCAGUCUCGAGCUCACAAUUCAAUUCCUUGUCCCCUCUAUGUCCCGACUCGUUCUUCUCUUUCCUGUGUCUCCAGCGUCGCCCUUUCCAAUUCCCUUUCCUUUCGUCUCUCGAUGCGCAUGUGUAUCUCUUCUGUCAUCAUCUCGUCGUUGAACCGUUCUUCCCUCUGUUGUUUCCACUGCUUCCUUGCGUCUACUUUGCGUACACGACUUCAAUGCGAUUGCGUUUCACGACUCGAGGCGACGGCGCUACCUUUGGCCUCGCCCAUCCUCUCUGUGCCGCCUCGACUUCGGCUCCACCUGCCGUCACUAUGGCGCUAGUUGCAGCAGCUGCUGCCUCUGGAGUCCACUCUCCUCCCUCUUCUCCUCUCGUUGCGCCUCUCGCUUACCCUCUCACUUGCCCUCUUUCUUCUCCUCGUUCGUCCUCCUCGUCUCCCUCUGUGUCGCCAGUGUCUGUGUUCCCUGUGGAGUCUUCUUCCGCUGGUUCUGCGUCCUCGACGCCCGUUGCAUGCACUUGCUCGUACGCGAACUCUGUCACUCCUUUGUGUUAUCAAAAUUCACAUCUCCCGCAUCCUGGCCCAUCCUCGACUUUGACCUCCACCUCUGUGUCUUCUGUAUCUUCUUCUGAGCGUCCGUCGCCACCUGGCUCUGCAGGCGCUUGUCUGUCCUCAGUCUCUAAGUCUCUCUCUGCUUAUGAAUCUCUAGUUGUUUCUGAAUCUCCUGCUGCUCCUGAAUCUCCCCCCGCUGCUGAAGCUCGCUCUGCUUCGUGUGGGGUCGCUGGCUGUCUCCACGGAGACGCAGGGUCUGUGAGAAGCUCAGCAGGGUGGACUCGGCGGAAGGAAUCAGUUAGCGCGGCGCCAGAGAGACAGGGCGAUGGACGAGACAGAGCCGCCUGCGCUCGAGAGAGGAGCGAAGGAGUCAUUCGCGAGGACAACGUGAAGUCAACUGUCUCCUCGGAGGCCAGCGAAAACGGGCGUUUCGUCCAGUCUCAGGGCCGCGUCCAGAUGGAGCGACGGAGAGCAUGCAGAAGCUCAAAAGGGGAGACGAACGGCGCUGACAGCGGCCUUCCGGAAAACGCGAACAACAGGGGUGAGGCUCUUUGGAGUUUUGCUGCCUUCAAAGAAAGUGUGGCGUUGCUUCGGCGAAUCGAAGCAGCCAUCGAGGAGGGAACGCACGGAGGGCUGGAACCUCAGAGGCUGCGUCACGCAAGUGCGGAGAAAGAACUGUUGACAGAGGGGGACAAGGAGACAGAGCAGGGACGGAACAGAGCGACAUGCUCGCAUGGGAGAUGUGCUACAGAGGAAGAGAGAGAGGAAGAGAAUUUGACCAGACAGGAACAAGACGAGAUGACGCCGGCGGUCAUGGCAGGCUUGCUCAGGAACGGCCUCGAACUCCUCGUCGACGCAUUCAGACUGUUUGGUCCUGAGUCGGUGAUUCUUUCGUUCAACGGGGGCAAGGAUGCAGUGGUUGCUCUGCAUCUGUAUCGCGCCGCUCUCGCGAAAUUCUUACUGUCGCAAGACAACGUUGGCCGCAAGGAGGGAAAAGCGGUUUUCAAGUCCUCAGCGCUUCUCGCUGGUGCCGAGACGCACAGCAGUUUCGAAGCAGGCGACCGAGAAAGAGACACCCAGAGCAUUGAGACGCAUUCAUCAGGAAGGGCGACAUCGUCGGCGAGGAGUUCGCGGAACGUAAAUCGAUCUGAAGAAGGAUGGGAAGAAGAGAAGAAAGUCCAAGACGAGGAACAAGACUCUAACCGCUUGGCGAGUCUUUUCACCGGACUGCCGAGACCCAAGGCAAUCUACUUCCACGGCAACGAAGAGGAGUUCGAAGAAGUCGCCGAUUUUGUGGAGCACACUGCAAACGAGUUCGAACUCGAUGUCAGUAUUUAUCACUGCGGUCUGGCAGAAGGCGUUCAAGAUUUCUCUUCCCGCUUUUCUCACUUGCGCCCGUUGGCGUUCGUUCUCGGCACUCGGGAGGGUGACCCGAACACCGCGCAUCUUCUGCCUAUGCAAGCGUCCAGUUCGUGGCUGCCUGCCUUUCUGCGGGUGCAUCCUCUCGUGGGAUUCCGGUACGGCCACAUAUGGCAUUUCAUUCGUCACUUCGCGCUGCCCUACUGUGUCCUCUACGACAGAGGCUACACCAGCAUCGGAACGAAAAAGAACACGAAACCAAAUCCCCAUCUUUUCUGUUCGGAGACCGGGUUGUACGCGCCUGCGUAUCUCCUCGCAAACUGGGCAGAUGAAAGAUCUGGAAGAAACUGAAAGAUCCGACGGAGAGUGUCGGAGAUAUCCUGACUGGCAGAUCGCGUCUUGUGCGCAGUCGCGCCUCUUUCUGUUCGUUGUCCCUCGGCCGCUGCGUUGUACAGACAAAUUGCUGGCGUUCUUGCUCGACCGUUAUCACUCUCUGUGAUCGCUUUCUUCCUUCCUUUCUCUAUCCGCGCUCUACUUCGUAGAGGCGUGGUGUGGCGUCUUUUCUUUGACUUCUCUUUGAUGCUGUGUUGUAUUUCAAGCUCGUCCGCAGAUGUCUCUACCCCGACUUUCCUUCCUGCCUUGAUCAGUCGCGUCUCACCUUUGAACAUAAGCUCUUGUCGAGCUGUGUGUUAGUCUCUGCCCCGUCCCCUGUGCCUCUUUUUGGUUGUUAACUUCGUCGCCACGCAUGUUCAUGUUCUGCUUUUCCACACUUCAAAGUGCUUUGGCUGUAUGUAAUACGUGUCGGGAGUAUGCUUCCACUUUCUCUUUCUGGUCAGUCGCUUGUUUCGUAAUAAGCGUCUCCUGUCCAAUAUUCCUCUCCCUCGGCCACAUUAUUCCACCUCGCGGGCGGCAAGACUCUGCUAAUCUCGCAGCAACAUGGAUAGAACGUUCGAUACAUAGUCUCGUGACACUGUUGCGGGCACUUUUACUCUGUUUUGUCGCUCUGUAGGCUUCUCCCCGCAAUCGCAGAGUAGCAACCGUCUGAAUUUUCAGACCAGAUUGGUGCACAGAGCGGCAUACUGUACUGAGCUUAUCUGCCUAUCUACAAACGUAGAUGCUAACCAGGGGCCGCCGUUGUGCACGGGUGAAUUAAGCCCGAAUCGGUGGUCUCUGCUUCUCUAAUUUUUUUUGUUUCCACGCUGAGAUGGCAAACACCGGGCUUACCCUGUUCUGUCGGGGAAUCAUCUGUAUUCCUUUGUCUUCUGGAUGAAUCGCAUUCUGGCUGCAUCCCAUGUUCGGGUGCUUUUUCGGGGUUCAGUCUAGAGGGGGUAGCGAGACGAACUCGAAAGAUGUAGGUUUGGUUUCUCGUUUGUUCAUCCGUCCGGCUAGCAGACCUGUUUUACGAACAUAACCGAGUGUUUUGUUGUUGUAAACAAUGUCCGUCGAUAACUUUGUUUGGGCGGGUCCCACCUUCUGCAGAGAUCGCAUUGGCACGUCAGUUUCGCAGUUUCUCCGAGCGUCGAGAGCCGAGGUGUUUGUACAGCCCACGUGUGGUCAGAACUUUCGCCAUGGGUGCUUUUUUUAUACACGGAUUCUGCACAAAUAAAUAUGUUUUACAACGCUUUACCGCAUACGCAAUGUCCAUCUGCCAUCUAGAUAGUAUCACCCCUCUCAGUUUUUCAGUGUCUGGCGGAUUUGCAGCCAACCUGCUGCAGGACGGUCACGUUACGUCCCCGUUCUCGCAGGAUUCUUUCGACAACGGGAUUCCGGCUCCCCCCAAUCACACCCGUCUGUUCGCCCCGGGAAACGCUGCGCCUUGCUGCGAACUCGUCCGCUUUUCGCGAAACCGAAACGCCUCGUGAACUGUGUAUUUUUUGCGUUGAACUCACGGAAUAUGGCUCUCCUGCUGGCCGUCACCAGUGUUUUGACGGUGUCAGUGCGAUAACAGUCAUUCAAUGUUCUGAAUUGAGAUGCUGGCCUCGUGGCUUGUAGUACUUCGAGAACGUUGAGUCGUAACUUGGGUGUGCAUACCAC